UGUAACAAUUACAAGUACAUACGAGUAGAAACGUUUUGUAUGAGUUCUUAAAGUUAGGCAUAUUAAAACAAAUCCAACUUAAUUCAUAAUAAAUCGCCAUAAACAAGACAAAAAUAGGUUAUGUUUCUGUGCGUCGUGAUGUAAUCCAUUUAGAGUUAAUACAACGUAAAUAUUUAUUUAUUGAUAUUUGACUAAAUCUCCAAUACCUACAUCAGCUCUCACAGAAAUUGUUUGAUUUAUCUUGUGUGGUAGAAACUCGUUGUGAUAAGUGAGUUUAAAAAUAAAGUAGCUGUCAGUGUCAGAUCAGUGCUAGUGAGUCGAGCGAUUGUGUCAUGUAAAAAAUAUUUUUAUAUAAUGGAAUUUGAUUCCCAAAGUCAGUGUUCUGAUGAAGGAGUUGAAUUAUCAAUAUCAGAAAAUGGAGAAGUAUACCCGGGAGAUUACCCUUAUUUGGAAGAAAAUCAACCUUCAUCUCUGGAAGCUAAAACUGUUUACUUAUUAAUGCAGAAGAAUGUACCAAUAUCGAGAGCUACAAGGCUUCAGUGGCUUUUGGAUCAUCUCAAUACAACGAUCGUUACUCCUAGUCAAAAAUUGAAUGAAUGUACUAGUAACAGUAACUUUGAAGUUGUAUCUGCAAUACCAAGAGAACAAAAUUUAACAAAAUGUAAUCGGUUCUUAAUAACAUAUCGUACCGAACUCAAAUUCUUUGCUCACAGUUAUCGUUUUGUAUAUUGCUUAGAUAUGAGCCCUUCUCAAGCAAAUGUAGAUAUACAGAAAGGCGAAAUACUUUUCGAUGAGAUACUUAACUGCUUUAGAGCUAGUAUGGAGGGAAUAUGUAGGCAGUUUACAAUACCUGGAAACUGUUUAGUUUUCCAACCAUGUAUUUAUUUGACUGUUAUAGUAAAUACACCUUUCUUUAUGAGUCCCGCUCAACAGGUUUUAAUAAAAGGAGUGCAAGUAACGCAAAACAAUUUAAAUGAAAUUAUAGACUAUGUAGCGAAACAAUUUCAUUUACUAGAAGGAAAAAUUGCGGAUGUUACUGCAAUGGCACUGGAUCAAAUAGAAUUUCACAGAUUACAAAAUGAAGGAUUGGUGGGUGGAUUAUUCGAUCCUCCAGAAUCUGAUCAGAUUUGUACAAGAAUUCCAAUGGUUACACCAGACGUAAAUUUUGUUAAUAUGCUGCGCUAUUCUAUGUUAGCCAUUUCCCUUCUCCCUGAAAAUAGUCUAAGUCAUAUUCUAGUCAUUACUGAUGGGAUAGUUGCAAUGCCUGAUUCAAAUAUAAUGGAGUCACUUUUGUAUCAGUUACACUUUGAUAGUAUAGCAGUAUCUUUUUUAAAAGUUGGAUCUACUUUUCAUCCACAUUCAAGUGCAGGUUACGUUUCGUAUACAGAUUUGUUGUAUUUUUUUGCUCAUUCUACUCUGGGAACCUGUUUAGAGAAUUUCGUACACAUUAAGCAUGAACCGUCCUUGCCGUUAAAUAUUUACCAUGAACUAUUUUUGCUGUGGUCUUUUCAUAGUGCAAAUAAAUAUGCUUACCCAAAGAUUUGUGAUAAUUCUAAAUGGACUUCGUCAAAUGAAACAUUUAGUAGCCAAAAGGUGCCAUCAUUGCUUUCCAAAAGACAGACUGAUGAAAGUUCGAAUGCUUCCAUUUUACUUUUAUUGUCGAGGCGAUUGAGAGAAGGUUUUACUGUAGAUAAUAUUUUUUAUAUGAAUGGUAAUUUAGAAAUUAAGUUAAUUCUUCAGUGGAAAUCAUUGGUUUAUGUCCAAUAUAAAGUUAGUUCCUCUUGGCCGACUAAAAAUUCAACACAUUUUGAAAUAAUAUUUAUUCUAGCUCCUUACGACUUCCUUCAUGAUUACACUUGUUUCCUAAAAAAAGAAUCAAAAUCGGCAUAUAGACUUGCCAUAAUUGAAAGAUUUUGGAUGCGAUUGACUCAGAUGUCUUCUGGAGAUUUAGGUUUAGGUCAGCAGUUAAGCUCUUUCCAAUAUAAUAAAGACUGGUAUACACUUCCUGAGAGUGUUCGUAACGGAAUACCUGUAUUCGCCUUAAGCAGCUCUAGCUGUUCAGAUAUUAGAUUAAUACCGAGAGAUGUAUCAUGUUUGAAAUUUAUAACUACAUGGCAACCAAUUUGCCAACUGGAAACGAAUAGUUGGAGGAAAUGGUUUCACACUCAUAAAGUGUCCCUUAUUUUAAAGCACGACAAUCCUUUGCCAAAAUAUUUGCAUAUGCCUAACUCGGCUCAAAGAUUUCAGGUUGUUCAGUGUAGACAAGCUGCGACAGCUUUAUAUGGUAUGCUAGCAGAUUGGGCAUCAUUCGUAUUGGUGGAUAAUCAUACUUACCUAAAAUUGUUAUACAAAGAACAAGACAAACCUCCUCUUUGGUUUUGCAUUGUUAGAGUGUCUUCAAAGUUUCCAUGCGCCGUUCUCAACAUAGGAUUUUUGACAUGGACACCAGGUGUUAUCCGAUACGAUAUAUGUGAAGAAUUAAAAACGGCGAUAGCUUUACUGUCAUAUUUAUCAAGUCCUAUGAAAUCGAAAGAAAAUUUUUGUUGCGUCCUGUUGCAAAAACCUCUCGAGAAGAUACUAAUAAGAUAUGAGCGCAUUCCUAGUAACUUCACAACUGUAAUAUUUCCUGAUGGGACUCAACCACGCCAUUCGACACUUAGCUUACCUUCAUCUACGACAGGAUCGUUGUUUACAACGUUGUCGCGUUAUUUGUACCAUAAACGCUGGAUUUGGAGCGCAACACAUUCCACAAAUCCCAAAUUACCUGAUCAGUCAAUAUCGAGGAUACUGAAUACGUUGACGAGAAUGAGAAUACGUGAAGGUUUCAGUUUUGCACACUCGUCUUCUGGAGUAAUAACGAUGGUACUGGAGCUUUCGAUGGAAACGAACGCUACAUGUGUUGUACAGUAUGUUCUGUUUCCUCCACACCGUGCUUGGCUAAGUGACGACUUAUACAGCGGAUCUGAGGAAGAAAAUGAACAGUCCUCUGAUGUUGAAUCUGAAAUGCAGAUAGUCACUGAAGUUUGGAUCGAACCUCAGUAUGGGAAAGUAUUGCCGAGUAACCCGCGAAUAAGUUACAUCGAUCACAAACAUUAUUACGAAAUCGCAGAUGUGAUAAGUAAAAUUGACUUGCAAUGUAUAAAUGCGUUAUUAACGAUGGAGCAUUUAAGUCUAAUGUGCCAAGAAAGGAAUAUUGAUAAUCAAGUCCAAGUACCUUCAUUAUGUGAAAUUAAUCCCGGAAAUACGAGUCGAAAAACUCGAAAGAAUAGCAGAAAUGGUGCCUUGGAUUCACCAGCUUUGCUUGAAAAAGGAUCUCAGUGGUAUCCGAUUGUAACACCGAGAAUUGAACACAUUCCAUUUAAGUUUGAUCCGAUAAACAUAUUACCGUUAUGCCAACAGACCGAGCUUCUUUUUUCCAUGUUUAUUGAAGGAAAAGAAAAAUCGUAUUUGCCGGACUGUAAUGUAGAUAAGGCAAACAGUUUGUUGUUAAACAAUGUCAUAGAACAUUUAGGUCUGCUACAUGACCGAGAACUGGAACUUACCAAAGAUGACUCAGAUAGAUUUACACAAGUAGUUUUACUUAGGCAUAAGAAUAAACACCCGCAUACUUGCCCCUUGGCAGAAACUCACCUCAACUCAGCGGCUCGUAGCUUUCUCCAGGAAACAGAAGUAGCGACCACUUCGCAGUGGCGGUGCUUUAUCAAGGGAGUAUCUGUUACGCACGUUAUAUUGACAUUUGUAGCAUCUACAUUAGACGAUCUUAAAUCUCUUACGUCGUUAGAUCAUACAAACAUUCCAAGCUUAGCUGAGAGUAUCGAUAGUACCGAAAGGACUUCUUCCAGAGAAAGCAAUUACAGCGAUGUUCCUAUCAAUACAUCGAAUUCAGUAUGUUUGCCGAUUUACGUGUUUGAUUGUCCUUUGUCUAUGUUAGUGAACGCGUACAUAAAUAGUGCUGAGGAUUCCACACCUGUUAAAGAAGACGUUUACGAAGACCACAGAUUUAAGUUCAAUGGUUUUGUGCAAGAAGACUGUGUUAAGUUGAAAAGUGAUGAAACUUGUGAUAUAUUGGGUGAUAAAGAUGAACUGGAACCUCCAGAACGAAGCAACAUAAAACAUCACUGUAAAACUCUAGUUUUGACGCAUACAAAAUGUUUUACUAUAUCACUUUUUCUUGCCCUACAUAUGGGAGUAUAUGUUCACAGUCAUGACGUACAGUCUGCUAUGGAUCAAUGCGAAGAAUCUAUCACAGAAAUUGAUAUAACAGAAUAUAUUACCAUAGUAUGUGGACACGUUAAGCAGAAAUGUGGGGAUAAGAUACCAAUAAAAGAAUUACAUCAAGCAUUUCCUUGCAGUGAACUAAAAUCACUUCAUAUGCUCAUUAAGGAAAAAUUUUUCAAAAUAAUUAACGCAUUUUUCAAUCCUAUUCCUACCAACAGCGAAUUUUACUUCUAUAAAAAUUUGAGAAACAUACAGUAUGUAGAAGAAACUACAAGCGAUAGUGACGAUGAAAUAUCUAAUACCCCAUCCGAAAUAGAAUUCAAGUCAGAUAAAGAUUUUAGCAUAUUUUCUGAGGGGCCACAUCUUUAUCAAAGAAUGGAAAGUGGUAUUAACGAUAUAGUUAGUAAUAGUGAUGUCAACCCACUCUUUUUGCAUCUAAUUUGUACUUUACGGUACAAUAAUGGUGAGGUAUCGAACACUUCCUUUCGGGUGUUGCCGACUUGUUUAGGUGAAUUGAUCCAAAGCUUAGACCCCUCAACGGAAUAUUUACAUAAAUCUAAACUGCAAGUAACUUUAGAUAUUUUGUGCCUUACUUUACCACCGGAUGUUCAGAACAUUAUUAACGAUUAUUCAACUCAAGGCAUGAGGACAACAUCUUUUUGUUCUGAUGGUUUUCAACCUAGUAUACAAAGCUCCAUCUCAGAUACCAGCAUUACAUCAGACUUUCCAGAGCCACUGAAGCAUUUAUCAGACAUGCAAAAAAGAUCUAUUAUUUCACUUAGAGAGGAAAUCAAGUGGUUGUUACAGGAUGAAAUCUGUACGUCAUUGUUGGAUGUCGAAUCCGUUACUGCGGAAACUUUAGGUUUUGUGAUGAAACAUGUUAUGGAGGCAACACCUUUGCGAUCGUCGUGUGUUCUGGACAUUAUCGAUUUAAAUUUUGUUUAUGCAUCUGCACAGAGUCAUGAAAAAUUUGUACAAGAGUUCUCGAAGUUAAAGUUGCCUUAUGUUGAUUAUGUACUGUGUAAAGAGGCUGAAUUACAUUACUUGGUGAAAAAUAAUUCUCAAAUUUUAAGAGAUGACAAAGAUAAGGAUUUUGUUACGACUGAUUUAAAUGUAAACGGUACUGAAAAUGUUAGCAAUAGGGUGGAUCCCAGUGCUGACAUAUUAAUUUAUUCUCGAGAAAAUCCAAACAAUAAAAGUGUUUAUAAACACGAGGUUAAUUCGCAACAGAGCGACAUUUCCAGUGUAAAUGGUAGUGAGCGAGGAACUGAUGGAGGUUAUGAUGAAGAUGUGAGUGAAGAUUAUGACGAUUAUGAUUGGCUUAUUAAUUUAAACAACAAAAGGAAACACUUACCCAAUUUUUGGCUAAUUUUGAAAAUUGAGCAAGAGGUUGUAACAGUUUACUUUCAUUGUAGAUUUUUAGAAUUACCAACUAAUCAUGUAGGUGUGUAUUUGGAAAUACAGCGUGACGUAUGUGAAGCUGUGAGAGACCUUUGUAAGAAAGUAAACCAACUCUUACUCCUUCAGUCUCUUUACGAGACAAGAACCUGUGACUCAUUGUUAGAAUCUGACGAUAACUGGCACAGUGACGUUUGCAGUUCCCCCAUAUCCAGAAACACGUCGUAUUGCAGGUUAAAGAGCAUGGACGAAAAUAGUGACGAACAGGAUUUAACAAAUUACCCCCCCUCCUUAUCAGAGGCCUCAUUACAUUUUAAAGCUGGAUACUUUAGUUGUCCUGUUGUGUGGGAGACCCACUUCGUCUUGCAUCCUCGAUUAAAGACAGGACCUGGAAAAUCGGGAAUAUCGAGAGGAAUCUUAGCUUUAAAGAACAUCCUUGAUAAGUUUUCCGUUUCGAACAGAAACAAUAUGUUUGUUUACAGGGACAACCAGAAAAAUGUUUUUUAUUUAAGGUUACAUGAAAAUGUUCACUCACCUAAUAAGGCAGGAUUGAUAAGAUCCAGUGAAUAUGAAAAUGCUACAGUGUCUCGUAGCCCAUCCAUCACAUCACUCCCUUUAGGUCAGAAUAAGAACAGUUUAACGCAAUCGGAACAAAGUAUAACAUCAGUAAUAUCCGGUGACAUCAGACCUAGAGUGAGGUCGUUUGGUGAAAAAGAAAGUAAAGAUUCUCCGAAUGAGGAUACUUUAAUUCUUAAGGUCCACGGCAUAACAGAAGCAGGUACAGAUGUCCAACAAGAUUUGGUUCAAGUGCUGCAAAAUCGUUUGGAUGAUGCAGUACUUGAAUUUUUAUCAAUAAUGUUAGCGAGGAAUGCGAUGUGUCCUUUGACUCCUGAAGAUGUACAUUUUAUACAGAAACCUUUCCGUUUACCUGAAGUUAUCAUAAAGCUGACUAUAAGGGACUUUGCUUUACAAUGGCUGGAUUCAUUUGUUCAUUACUUGAAACAAAAUUUACUGCAAUUUUUAAACAUUCCUAAGUAUACCGAUACUCGUUCCCAUUAUCACUUUAAAGAUUACUCGGAAAGUGAAGAUUCAAACAGUUUAGUCAACGAUGAUAAUAUUUUUAUUUAUAACCAGGGUCAGAAUCCAUCGUCUGGUAAUCGAGGCAUAGCCUGUAUUGUUCUAGCACUUGUGAAUAACAAUGAAAAAUCCCAAACUCCAAUCAAACCUAUUUCUUUUGAAGAAAUAUUUCAGACAAAAGAGUUCGAAGAGACUGUUACCUCAGAUAUUCUUACAGCAAAUGAUGAAUGUCCUGAUACUUAUUUGGAAUUCCGGCUUUGGAAACAGGGACGGGUAAACAUAGAAAAUUUGUCACAGAAAUUGAAAGGUGCUGUAUCCCAAGCAUCCUGGGACAUUGUUACUGAGUAUUUCCUUCUUAAAAAACCAUUGUGUAUGGAAAAUGUGAUAGCCGAUUAUUUUUCAAAAAAAGGUCCAGUUAGAAUUAAUUCGUUAGACAUUGAUUUCUCCAAGGAAAUAGAAUUUAACUGCAUUUUGGAGUUAAAUACUGGUAAAAAUGUGAAGGAAUCUAUAUGUAAUUCUGGAAAACGAAAAGAACAUUUUUUGCCAAGAAAUAAAAGAAAUAGACGUGUCAUUCCGCCUAAUACAAAAACGAUGAGAUCUGUUAUAUUUGAUGAAACAACAAGUGACACGGGAGUUUUAUCCGAUGCUUACUCUAAAUACUUGCCAAAUUGGUUGGAGUUUGGAUUUUCAAUCAAUACCCCUUCAGUAAAAAAGCAGCGUAUCAAUCUGGCAAAUCGUCAUUUACCCAAUAUCGUUAUUGGAGAACUAAUGAAUAUGCUUCCCGAUUCUCCAAAAGCUUUCAGUGCUAUUCCAACCAACUGUUUGAAAAACAGAAGCGGAGAUAUAUUUGUACCUUACAUAGCUUCUAACUUGAUUCAGAAGUUCGUAAUUAUAUCACGAAAUUUUGAUCAGUGGUUGUCUACCAUUUCAGUGAAAGAUUCCGAGUGCCCCGAUACAAUAAGUCCCCAGGUUCUUAAACAUUCACAAAAAUUUGUACCUGCCAUUGCAAACAACACCUUUAUACCUAGACAAAAAAUUUUAUGGAUAUCCGUCGAGACUGAUAAUAUUAUCGUAUUCACUUACAACUGGGCAAAAGAUAGCAUAGACAAACUAAUAUCAAGUUGUUCAAAUUUAGGCCAGUGGUUAUGCGUUCGAUCCUGUUUCUUAAAUUCUGUUACCUCACAAAAAUUAGGUUUAUUUCACAAUCAACCGUUAACAAGAAAAUGUUUUAUGAUUCCAAAUAAUCCUUACUCUGCUUUAAUUGGUAACUCCGAAUGUAUGAUGACUUUCCCAAAGGAACAUUCUCACAGGAGGAUUCAGCCAGCAUAUAACUUGCCCUCAACGUUGGAAGCAUUUAGGGAUAAUUUUCACAAUUCCAAAUAUGUUUCCGCUGAUCCUGUCGUAACUUUCACUUUAGAAAUGAGGGAAAUGAAACUACUGGAGAAAAAAUCAAGGGAUGAAAUGAAAAUUCUUCAUGCCAUGUACCAGUCAAGAACAAGUACAACGACGGUAUCGCACAUACUUUUACUCAUGCAGAAUUCAAGGAUUGUUCACUAUUGCCACACACCUCUUCUGUUUUUGCCAAGGUGGCGUUUAAAAUCAGCAGCGACUAGAGAUCAUUCAUUACAUCCGUCUCAGGCUGUGCAAUUGGCAGAUAAAAUGGCUUCCGAAGAGAAAGAAAAGUGGCAUAAUGAACUUUGUUAUGGAUUUUUUAUAGAAUAUCGUCACUAUUUACAGACCCUUGGUUUUAUGCCACUGCAAAUUGAUAAUUCUUCAGAUCAAACGGGGAUGUGGACCAAAGAUAAGUCUUCUUACAACAGUGUUUUUUAUAUUCAAAAGACAAUACUUGGAGGUAUACUUAUAUUUACUGUGGAAUUUAAUGAACCAUUUUUUAUUACAAAACUGCAUGCUAUAGAAUGCAACAGGCUGCAAAAUAUAAGUUCCAGAGCUUCAAUAAACAGGUUUACUGUAAGUUUUUUGGACGAAUGUGAUAGGGUAAAAAUUUUGAUGCACCUCCACUCUUUUACAUACGACUAUCAUCUUCGGUGUAUUUACAAUUACAUUUCAAAUAACCCAGGUCUCAAUAAAGUAUGCGAACGAUAUAACGUCCACCAAUUCCUUGAUGAUUUCUUAAAAUAUUAUAAUAAAGCUCCCAAUUUUGCGCGGAACUUGGUUCACACAGAUACAUUGACCAUAAAAAACUUAGUGACUGAAGGACAGCAGUUGUAUGAAUAUUUGUUGUCAAAUGUUAGCCAGUAUAACUUCAAAGUUUUCGAGAUGGAUCUCUGGGAAGGAGAAUCAGAAUUUAUUUUGGUUCAAGUAACCAGUACACCGCAAGUCUCUUAUAAGGAUUCUCAAGAUCGCCACCAUACUGACGAUUUCGACAUAACAUUAGUUGUCUAUAACCUUUGCACACCCUAUCAUCCUUCAGAUAAUGUUCUACACUUGAAAUACUAUUUAAUAUUAACUUCGAAACGGGAAUUAUAUCCCAAAUGUGAAGUAGAAGACAAGCUGGGCAAAUUUCGAACGGUGUCUUCUAAUGCGAGGAGCCUUUCUGCAAUGGGAAAAGCCCCCAGCGAGCUUGAAACUAGCGUGGAGAAAACAGUAAAUUCUGAAAUAGACUGUGAUAUUACAAGUUCUGACGAGCAUAUUAGUUUUUCUUCCAAGAAACCGAGUAAGGAUACUUUGAACAACGAGGGAUCAUCAAGCCAACAAUCAAAUUCAGUACCCUACAUUGAAAUUUAUCAAGAAUCUGUUAAUUACUUAGGUUACUAUUCAUCUCACGAGCAGCUGAUGCAGCAGCUUAUUUUAGACAAAGCUAACACCACACAGAAGCAUAUUAAGGACAUGGUUGCGAAAGGUAUGGUGCAUUGCAGGACCCAUUUGCUGUGGAACAGGCUGAUUUCCCCCCAGGAGACAAACAACUUGACGUAUGAAGAAUUCAUGGAAUUGAAAAGUUUAGCAAAGCUGGAACAUCUCUGUAAUGUACACCCAAAUUUAGGUCCUCUGCUUAAUCAGCCUCUGACUUGGUAUCAAGGCCUUGCCAAAUUGCUUCUAGUGAAGUACGUUGAUCAAAGCAGAAGUUUCAUUUCUGCUGAUGGAAAUAUUCAGCACUAUGUUAUUUUGCAUCCGCGGUACUUUGGCGCUUUCAUGCUACUGUCUAUGGACUUGCACACGUCUAGAGGGGAUUUAUACGCAGUGUACCGAGAACCUCAUAAGCACGAAGACGCCGAUCUCUGUUUAGCUUAUCAGAAAUCUCUGUUAGAUGGAUUUAUAAACUGUAUUUGUUUUUAUUUGUGGUCCGGUAUGAUUUCUAAUUAAUUGCUAAGUAAGACAAAAUUUCGAAGACAAUUUUUUAUUAGAACUAUGUGCAGUGUGUUUUAAUAAUGGUAUGUUUGUGUGAAAGUAUGUUUAAGUUUAUCGACUGUUUGCGAGAGACCUCAUUUUUCCAGUUCAUGUUAUCAGGUUAUAUUUUUUUUAAUACUCAGUAUGUUUGUUAUGUUUUAUUUAAAUAGGAUAAUUUUUCCAUACUAACACUUUGUAACUCUUCUCAGAGCUGCGAGAAUUAGUUUUAUAGCCAAAUAAGGAACGGGUUCGUAAAGUGUUAAAAUCUCACGGCCGGUUACUUGUUUAUUUCCGAGUACCUAGAAACAUUACCUGGCGCUUUUUAUUUUGGAAAGACUAAGGUAAUUUAAUUUUAAAAUGUGAUUUUUUUUGACGGUAAAAUAAUUUGUUGUUUUUGUUUGUUGAGAUAUAUUUUUUAUUUAUAACAUUUAAACAUUAAAGUAUGUGUAAAUUCUUAUAGGUAUAAUUGUUAUGAAAAGGCUCAGUAUACUGUGAUAUAUUUGUACAAAUUAAAAUUACAAGGUGCCUGACAAUUUUAAAUUAUAAGUAUACUGUCAAUUUUGUAAAAAUGUUUUUAUUUUAGAAGUUACAUACAUGAUUUAUACAAAAGUGUGCCAUGUUAAAAUGCAAAUAAAUGAGAAUAACAAGUA